UGAUCUUGUCACUGUUUCGGCGGGAGGCUCUCCAGCCGAGGGCAGCGUCGUGGUCCGCCCGAAUAGCCAGACGCGCCCACGGAAAGGCAGCCCAAAACACGGACAGGGCCCAAAACAGCAGCCCACAACAGGACAGGGCCCAAAACAAAGGACAGCCAUGGACGAAGUCUACGAAGAGAUCAAGGAAGCGGGCAACUACGUCGUCGACGGCGUGGAGAAGACGCUCACGGACGCCGCGAAUUACGUCGAGGAUGUGGUGGCCCCGGCCCCGCCGGUGGCGCGCACGCUCGACCCCGCGCACCCCGCGCCGCCGCCGCCGCCGGACGAGUUCGAGCAGCGCGACGGCCUGGGGCUGAGCCGCGACGACGUGCUCAAGGCGCCGGCGGCGGCCGAGGCCGACAAGCGCUGGGACUACAAGAAAAUGUACGCGCGGCGGGUCGUCGUGCAGUGCCCGGUCCUCGCCGUCGCGCUCUACGUGGCCGUGGCGCAGUUCUACGACGUCGAGGCGCGGCUCGCCCUCGCGCGGUCCAUGGACCUCGGCUGGGCCUUCCUCGCCUGGUACGUCGUCUACCUCGCGCGGCAGUCCGUGGCCAUCAACGCGGCCGCGUGCCGCGCGGGGGCUCGGUGUCCGCGGCCGGACCAGCACGUCUACCGCAUCGCGCACCCGGACUUCAACGAGAAGCCCUACGUCAUGAUGGCCAACGCCGGCCCGCAAGGGCGCUUCAACCGCGCGCAGCGGGCCGUCUUCAACUACGACGAGGCGCUGCCGCUUUUUCUCUCGGGCCUUCUCCUGAACGCGCUCCUCGGCCCCGCGGCCUUGAUUCUGGCCGUGCUGAACGCGUCCGGCCGCCGCGCGUUCGCGCGCGCCUACACGGACUCGCUCGAGGGCCGCGGCGGCGGCUUCGUCCGGGCCGUCGCGCCGGAGCACGUGUCCGCGGCGCUGAAUCUGGUCAUCGCCGCGCUCAUCUUCGCGCCCCGCUUCGACAUAGACGUGCCGGCGCCGCCGAAGUUUCUCCCUUGACUGAUACGCCCCGCCCCUGCCGUCCUGUACGUAACACAGAUUCACUUAA